UUUUGUAAAUUGCGAAAAAACUGUAUCUCAAUGAUGUAAUUUAAAAAAAUAAUGUUAUUUUAAAAAAUAAAAUAUUUUAUCAAGUAGCUAUUAAGUCAGAAAAGUCAAAAUGGUUGAUGCAACAAAAAGGCCUCUUCAUUUACCUCCUUGGCAAAUUCCGUUUUUGGAGAAACACAGAAUCCUCGAAUUAUUUCAUGAAUUAGCCAGAGAACUUGUGAUACAACAACCAGAUGACCACGUCUUAUUUCUGAAACAAAUCCUAAUAAAUGCUGCUAGAAACCGAGACACAGCAAGAGUCAUCAUACUUUGUUCUCCAAAAGUAAACUGCUUAGAAAUUGCAAAUGCGAUUGCUGAAAUUACAAAACAAAAUGUCAUUACUGAACAUUCCUUACUUACCUUUAGCGGACGUUCAGAAAUACGAAGUCCUGACUUGAGGGCUAAAUAUAUUGGUCACUUUGUUAGAACCGAUAAUGCAUAUGAAAAUGGCUGGAUACUUGUCGAUUGUAUUAAAAAUGAAAACGAUGCCAAAGCUCUCCUAAAGCUUGGGAUUCUUCCGACUCAUGUUAUCCACCUUAUUCCUUCAUUUCAGCCUCGUUUGACAGAAUUACUGUACUGCCAUGUCUCUGCAGAAUGGCCCGAAUACCGACGAACUAUUCUAGGGCUAAGAAAUGCCUUCAAACAUGUUUUACGAGAAGUGUUUUUUCAACAGCGCAGCUUAUCAGAAAUCGUAACAGAAUGUAUAGAAAUUUUGAACAUUAAACCGGCAAAAUAUGCCAUCAAACCCAGAGUUUUAAUAUUAGGUCCUCGAGGCUCAGGCAGGAAAACACAAGCCAAAUUACUAGUCGAAGGACUUGGUCUUAUCCACGUGGAUUUUGAACACUUGAUCUGCGAGGCUUGGAUGUCAGACUCCGACUUGGGGAAACGACUUCGCAACUGUAAGAAUGAAGUUUGUUUUCAUUCUGAACUACUUGCUGAAGUUGUGCAUAAGAGAGUUUUAGAAGACGAUUGUUUAGAACACGGCUGGGUUUUAACCGGUUUUCCGUUCUCUAAACGGGAUUUUGAAUUCUUGGAUUGUAUUUACACACCCCCUAACAGAGUCAUAUUUCUUGAAUGCGAUCUUUCGAUUUGUAAAGAAAGACUUUUAAAUCGAAAAAUCAAUGUCCACACAGGUUCAGUUACAAACAUUAAACAACACCCAGAGGCUGAAGUGACUAAAGAAUUGAAACCACAUCCAAAAGAUAAUAAAGAAUUUAUUGAUGCCGAGCUCUCUUACUAUUGUGAGAAUUAUGGCGACUUGAAAAAAUAUUGUGGUGCAAGUGCUCAUUGUGUAAAUGGGGACCAAGCUGAACGUUGGAUUUAUGAAACAAUCAUUGCCAUUAUUUCGAGAGCACCAUCUCCUCACAACCCUCGAAGACCUCUCGUUGAUGUUUCUAGCAGUUCUGUGUCUUUAGACGCCUGUUGUUGCUCGCCAAUUCCGUCACAAAUUUUGGACUGUUACAACACAAAGUUGUGAAAUAAAAAUUCAUCUGCAGUCAUAUUUUAUUUAGAACAUA